AUGUCUCAGAAAGCUCUUGUGGUUUCCGACGAGUACGAGCCGGUCCUCGUCACCGAUCGCCCUAUUCCUAAGCUUCGCGACAACUUUAUUCUUGUCAAGACUGUCAGCGUGGCUUUGAAUCCGACCGAUUGGAAACAACUCAAAAAUAGCCCUCCUCCCGGGGCCUUGAUUGGUUGCGACUAUGCCGGCAUUGUUGAGGAAGUUGGUAAAGGUGUAACCAAGCCCUUCCGCCGGGGUAAUCGCAUCUGUGGUUUCGCCCAUGGCUCCAACGCUGUCAAUCCAGAAAACGGCGCUUUUGCUGAGUACAUCGUGGUGAAGGGCGAUGCAGCAGCUCUCAUUCCAGACUCACUGAGCUUUCAAGAAGCAGCCACCUUGGGAGUUGGUAUUGGUUCUGUCGCCCAGGGUUUGUAUCAAGAUAAGAAGGGACUAGGACUUGCACUUCCUACCAAGCCCCUCGCCCAUCCCGAGCCUAUCCUCAUCUACGGAGGCUCAUCAGCUACGGGCUCGCUGGCCAUUCAAUUUGCCAAGCUAUCCGGUUAUACCGUGAUCACCACUUGCUCGCCCCGCAACUUCGAUUUUGUGAAGCAACUGGGCGCCGAUCUCGUUUACGAUUACCGCGAUCCAGAGGCUCCCAAAGCCAUUCGCGAAUACACCAAAGACGGGCUAAAGCUAGUCUUUGACACUAUUGGAACAAAGGACGCUAUUCAAUUCAGCGACAACGCACUAUCCACUCAGGGUGGUGACUACGUUACUCUGUUGGUCGAUAAGAUCGACCGAGAGAAUGUGAACUCACGAUGGAUCAUCGCCUAUUCUACUCUUGGGGAAUACUUCAAGUAUGGCCAGUGGGAAUUCCCUGAGGUUCCCGAAGAUUUCGAAUUUGCUGCAAAGUUCUGGGAUUCUAUCGCGCAGCCUUUGCUUGCCGAGGGUAAAAUCAAGCCCCAUCGGCCAAGUGUUAUCGCUGGGGGUCUUAAGGGAGUCGCAGAAGGACUGCAGUUGAUGAAAGAAGGUAAGGUCAGUGGCGAGAAAUUGGUUUAUAACAUUGCCGAGACCCUCUGA